UGGUGGUUUGUUUUUGACAUGUCCAGUUAUUGCGGCAUAACAAGAGAGAAAAGCGUAAAAAAUGGAAGCCUUGUGGAAUCAAGUCAACUUGCAAGCGCCGCCCUACAGGCCCUGGGACGUUUCGAUCACCGAGUUUGAUCCAAAGGGUUUCCUUGACACGAUAAACCGUGUUUUGUGCGACUUCAAGACGUUCAGUGCACUCCAUGCGGAAGCUGCACUCCUCAGCAGAUUGAUUUAUCGCAUGAAAAGUAAAUUCAGAAGCGACAAGGGACUGAAGCACAUGGAAAAGGUCAACAGAGCUCUGUUAAAUUACUUGAACAUGUCGCUGCACAAGGAUUACGAGAUAUUGCAAAAAUACACAGAAAUCAACAAUGGGAUCGUCAGUUUGCCAUCGAGACAGACUCUGGAGUAUGUGUUAGUGAGGACGCAAGGUUUUGCCAAGCUCAUGUGUCGCGUGGAAUCAAUGGCAGUGACUGCAGCAAGUAUCCUCCAGUCCAGGCUGUACAUCGGCCAGUCUUGGACCGUUGCUAUGAUUGCUUUUGCAGUUAUUAGCAGGAUAUGGAUUUUAUCAAGACACAUGGUAAGAAAGUCAUGUACCUGGUACGACGACAUUUACAAGUUUGCCAAAAGUUUCAAAAUUGUGGGAAUAUCAUGGCUACCAGAUAAACAUGUACUACCAAAAAAGCUCUCAAAAUGGUUGAAUAUACCCUGGUUGAGUGAAAACUUUGACACCAUGCCUUUACACGAAGAAAACUGGAGUGACUCAAUUUUCAAUUUAAUCCAAGUAAAUACUGAGACUGAACCCACUGAGGUGAAUUCCAUCAAUAGUGCAAUUGACAAAGCUAUGAAAGACGAAUUGAAAGAAUCUGUGAUGCUAAAAAGCAGUUUGACUUCUGCAGAAAAAACUAAAAUCAAAGAUUUAGGACAGUCGAUAUCUCGCAAAAGCUUUGAGAAAAUUCAGCAAAAAUCCACUGUCAACGGGAGGCGAGGAGAGAAAAAGAAAACCAAAACUGACAACAAUACUAAAAAUGAAAAAAAGCCAGCCCUUCUUGACUUGAAAUCUGAAAAAGAUUUAGUUAGUUUACUGACAGCCGACAGUUUUCCUGGGCUAGAUAAAUUAAAGUGGAAUAUAUUGAAGAAGCAAACAAAAAAGCUGAUUCUCAAGUUGACAAACAACAAUACCCAAGAGGUGGAUAAAAAAUUAUGUAAAAAAGUAGCAAGACGCAUUGAAAACUGGAUAAGUUCUCACUGA